ACAAAAUUUUGAUUCGGAGAAAAUUUCAGUUUAGCGAACACUUUUUGACUUUCUCCGAUUUUAGGACUGACCCCCCCCUCCUGCUCCAACCUCUUCGCGCCGUCCCUGAAGAAAAGCUUGAAAGAAUUCGAGUUAUGACUAGUUUAAUAGAUUUGUUAUUUACUGAGAGUAAAUAAUUGUAGAAAAAUCCAAAAGAAAAAUUUUUAUCUACAGACACGUUUAAUAGUCAUAAGAUUGUUUUGAAAGGUUCAAUGAAAACACACAUGGUUUUGUUUUCUUUUUGCAGGGAAUUAAAUUUUUAGAAAAGAAAGGAGUGAUUUACUAAAUGAGGAUACAUUAUUUGAGUAUUGAAUAUUUCGAGAAAGACAUUUUCAUUGAAACAUUAAUAAUUAUCAGAAACAGAUCAUAAGAAAAUUUUCUUUUGAUUCUAUAGUUCUACUAAUAAUUAUCAAAGAAAAGUUUCAUCUCCAAGUAAUACACUUAUAAAAUCCGGUUCAUCAUCAAAACUUCAAUCACUUAUUCAACGAUCAUCAUCAGCAUUAAUAUCUUCGAAUAGUAAUUGGGAAAAUGGUAGUAGUGCUGGUUCACCUAUUUCACCAUUAUCAUCAUCAUCAUCAUCAUCUAUAACUAGUACAAAUUCUUGGCCUCUGUCUACAAUCAUUCCUGAACCACCAUUAACUGUUUCUGUUAUUCCAAAAAAAAAACGUCGUAAAAAAUAUGAUGAACAACAAUUUGAAUUAUCAAAUAUUGAACAGUCAAGUAAAUUUUCGUCUGAUCUAGAAACUAUUUGUGCAUCAUAUAAUACAGUUGCUGAUCUUGUUGAAGAUCAUCGUCGACGUAUAUUAGCUAAACAUGAAUCUCGAGAAUUAGAAGCAAAACCUGAUUUAUUAUUAGUACCAAUUGAUCAACUUGCUUUUGUUUAUGAACGAGAAAGAAUUAAAGAAUUAAAUAUACCAAUUGAAUCAAAACAUACAUCUAUGACUACAGUAGAAAAACUUACUCAACCAUUAGAUCUUAUUGCUUUACCAUUUAUUGAUUGUCCAUUUGAAUUCGAUAUUGUACUUGAUGAACUAGUCGUACAACAUCCAACAAUGGAUUUGUAA